AUGGCUUCCCAGUCCUCCAUAGCAUCUGGCGAGGGUUUGUUGACGGCCGCUGAGAAAGCCUCUUUGAUGCGGUUGCUUUUUGGCCUCUGCAAGCGAGCCGUACGAGGCGCGGGAGAGAGAUUGACCUUCGACCCGGAUGAGGAGGAUGUGUGCGCCAGCUGCAAGCAGGAGAUCAUCCAGUACAUCGAGACGCUCAGUGCUGGCGACGUCGAGGGGCUGCAAGAGGCUUCGGAUCGCGGCAAGGCUGCAGCGAAGGAGUGGCUCCAGGCGCGCGCGGCAGGAGUGCCCUUGCCGCUGCCCCUACCCCUCGCCCGUCUCGACUUCUUCAUCGACCUGCUGCGCCUGGUCCUCGGCCUUUGCAGUGCGCGCGCAGGAGUGCCCUUGCCGCUGAUGAGCAGCGAAGCUCGGGCGCUGGCUGUGAAGCUCGCGCUUAGCCCAACGCACCGAAUGGGCGAAAAAUGUGGAUUCAGGAUCUUUCCAGGAUCCGCGCAGAGCUGCUAUAGGCAGAUGUUGCGGUUGAUUCACCCUGACAAGUGCAGUGACCCGCGAGCCACCGAAGCCGUCAAGGAGCUGCAGAGCUUCGAGCCCUGCCUGAGCAACGCCGAUCCGGAGUCGCUUCGCCAGCAACCGAUGAGUGAUCUGGAGACUCUUCUGGAUCAAGCGAUACAGCCCGAGCUGAAGCAGUCCGGAGAGCCGGAGCCAUCACAGCCGGCCUCGCAACUGCAGCCGGCCGCAACCGGCUUCGUCCUUGAAGUGGGAGCUUUCGGAAGGGGCUCCGCUGCUCCUGCAGUGCCCGCGGUCCGCAAGGGCGUCCCGAAGCCGAAGGCCGCGUCGCCUGGGGUAAGUUUGGAUAAGUUCAUGAAGCAGGUUGCACAGCCCAGCGAGCCGGUUGCAGAGUCCAGCGAGCCGGCCAAGGUUGCACAGCCCAGCGAGCCGGCGAAGGUUGCACGGCCCAGCGAGCCGGUUGCACAGCUCAGCGAGCCGGUUGCACAGCUCAGCGAGCCGGUUGCAGAGCGCAGUGAGCCAGUGGUUGCAGAGCCCAGCGAGCCGGUUGCAGAGCCCAGCGAGCCGGUUGCAGAGCCCAGCGAGCCGGUUGCACUGUGCAGCGAGUCGGCGGAGCAGGAAUCAGCCGAGGAGCCAUCGAUUCCGGAGCCCUUUGAGAACGGGAAGCUGGGUGAGCCGCUCAAGGAGUACAGGGACCACGUGGUGGCGAGGCAAGAGUUUGAGAAGUACGGCCCGGACUGCCCGCAGGAGGCCGUUGAUCGCUUCCGGAAGUGCCUCUAUCGCGACGAGAAGGACGCAGCGAACUUCAAUCCCCUGGAGUUCCCCGCUCGCACUGGUGUCGGGCCGCUGCCGGAGUGGAACGGUGCGAUGGCCUUCGCACUGCGCUGGGGCGAUCCGACCAACUUCAUGCUCGUGAGCAAGAACAAGGGCGUGGCGGUGCGGGCCGAGAACGUCUUCAAGGUGAAGAAGGACUGCUUGGCCGAGCUGUUUUCCAUCAUCCUCCAGGCCUUCUGGCAGCGGGGCAACAUCCGCAUCUUCGACAAGGCGGCCUACUACACUGCCAAGGACCAGGACGCGGUGGACUUUUCCCCGCGGGCGGACCGCUUCGGAGGCGACUCGGCCCUGCGGACUCGCAAGCGCAAGGCCACCGAGGAGGAGUACAUCUACCAGCAGCGGGAGUCCCUCAACAAGCUCCGCAAGGCCGUUGAUGAUGAAAAGGAGGCCAGGGCGAUGCUUGCGAAGUCCACGCUUUCCAUCGCGGACUUCAACUACGAGACCUGCCAGUGCUGGUACUGGGACGAGCCGAGUGGCUGCAAGAAGUCCGUGCCCUUGGACGAGGCCGUCGCCACCGCCAUCCAGACGAGGAGAACCAUAGUGCUUUACGGGCCUCCAGGUCGAGGCAAAUCGCCCUUCGCCAAAGCAUUGGCCGGCUGGUACAUGCAGCACGUCCUGGGUGGCAAGAUCAAGGAUUGCCUGAGAAUCAUGACAGUGCAAGAUGUCGACAAGGUGCACCCGGGGCUCCAGGCCAUGCACAGCGCCACGGAAACCCACAUCCCCAAGGAGUUCUGCGGGGACUUGCAUGACAUGCCCAUCAAGGAGCAUUUCGACGUGGACCGCCGGGCAAUCCUCAAGAGGAUGGUCGCGAUCUUCGUCCCCGACGGGAUUCUGAAGAACGAGGUGCUGGGCGGCCGCGUCGAGUCUGAUCAGGAGAACAUCGCCAGGCUGCGGGAGCUCUGGAGUAAGACCGUCGGCUGA